UAUUAUAGAUCUUGAGCUAACUCUUGUAUUAAUCAUGCUCUCUCCGCCCGCAAGAGUAACCGCGCCUCUCGUCGUUUCCCCCCGCGAUCUGGCCCCGUUCCAUCGCAGCUAGCACUUUUCACCCCAGCGAUCUCCGCCGCCGCCGCCGCCCCCGCCCAGACGCGACCCUCCGCCGACGCUGUCCUAUCCGGAAUGGGGAAGUAUCAGAGCAACACUCGGUUUGUGCCCUUCAGAGACGCUCCAUUUGCUCUCCGUGGUGCACUUGGUAGCUCAAACUCAUCCUUCAACAACAUGGAUUAUCUGAACCAGUCCUCAAGUUCUGGACAAGCUAGGAGUUACACAUCUUCACCCCUAGGAGCUGUGAGACCAAAAAUGUCACCAUCUGGAACCCGACCCCUGCACACAAGUCGUCCCCUGUCGGCUCCUGUUGCAAACCGCCCACUAUCACCCCAUCUUCCUUUGAAGAAGCCGCAGCUGAGUGCUACGUUUUCGAUCUCGCACCGUAUAUUUGGUGCUGCCCUGGGAGCUGUCAUUAUAUCCAUUCCUCUUGCCACCAAGUUCAGCCUCAUGUUUGAUGUCUGAGAGCGAAAUGUAGCUUUCAUUAGCUGGGGUUCCUUGCAAGGAAUAACCUCUUGUCAUGCUUGCAGACGUUAUGGAGUAAUAAGCCAAACCAUCCGACGAUCAGUGUAAAAAGAUUUCAAUUGUGAAUGCUCUCUUAUCCCUAUGAAUCAGGGUGUUUUGUACAAGUACUGUUUUCUCUGC